AUGGGUAUUUCUCGAGAUGCUCAGCUGAGAGCUUUGAAGGUUUUGAAUGUAGUCCUUGAAGGGGGAGGAAAGGAUAUUUUUGAAUUCGGAUAUAACAUUUUGAGGAAGCGUUGGGAAAAAUUGAGCAACAUCCCCUCUGUAUCAAAUCGCUUUAGUCUGCAAAAAUUUGCACCCAAACACUACACCUUUUUCAAGAAAACUAGAGGACCUUCACCAGUUUCGGUCGUCAAAGGACUUCACCACUCGAAGCCUUUUUCGUGCGAGAGGGAAGACGAUAAAGCUUGCUAUGCAGUCCUCCAAGAAGAAGCCAACGUUGACGGACGUAGAGGUUCUCAUAUUGGCGCUGAAGAUCGAUUUGUGCGUCUCACCCUCUUAAGGAGCCAAGAUGAUUUUGAUUUAUUGCUUCAACGACUCAACCAAUUAGUCUUGGAAGAAAGUCAUCGGCAAAGCUAUUUUGUCCACGAUUUGAAGACAAAUUAG